AUGAAGUUAAUUAAAAUUUUUGUGAUUUAUUUGGUUUUAAUUUUAGGUUUAUUUAAAGGUUCAAUUUCUUAUUUUACUCAUGAUAGUGAUUCGGAAGAAAUAAACCGAAACCUAGAAAGAUUUUUUAAAGGAUAUAAUAAUAACAAAAAUACACAAUAUGAGUUCCUAGGAAUUGAAAACAUCAACUCUACUCGUAUUACUGAUAAUGAAAUUGAUUCACAUAGAAAUCAAUCGUCCCUUGUUGUGUCUACUGAUAAUGCAAAUGAUGAGGAAAUUUCUACAACAAUUUCAAUCGAGAAUAUUUCAAUCAGUAAAAAUUUUAAUUGGAUUCCUUAUGAGUCUUCUAUGGGAGUUGAAUUUAUUCCUUCAAAUGCAGUAAUUGCUGGUUUUGAUAUCAAUAAAUUAGAUUUGUAUGUUAUACGGACAUACGAUGAGAACGAAGAAUCCUUCAAAGUUGGAAAGUAUUCAGCGCUCAAUGAGUAUGCAUCAGUUCUGGAUGGAAAUGUCGAAAGGAAAUUAAAUUCUUUUGAAAUUUUACAAAGUAUGAGUUACGAAUGGAGCGAUGAUGUACAUAACAAAGAAAAUGCAAUAAUUGCAGGCCUUGAUUUUAAAAGAAGAGAAAUUUACAUCUGUAGAGCAUUAUUGCAAAUUUAUUUACGGAGUACAGGAUUCCGAACAUCAUGGACCCCUGGUGAAUUGAGAUCAGAUGGAGUUUGUGCUGUAGGCUUUGAUGGGAAAAUUCAAAAAUUUAAAAAUUUUCAAAUUCUUAAAAAAACUAAACAGAAUGAUUCAUCAUCUGAGAAUGUAAUUGAUUAUGUUGAUGGAAGUUUUAUUUUAGAUCCAGAAACAAACAAAGUUUUGAAUUAUUUCCUGACAGCUUACAAACAAGAGAGAAAACCAGUUCCAACAAUAAACACAAGUACUGUAAAUCUAAAAUCAACAACAUUAAAACCUGAAAAAUACAAAUGGAUAUCUUGGUAUGAAAAAGCAACAAACAUUCCAGAUGAUGCAGUUUUAGGUGGUAAAGAUGUUGACGGCAGUUUACUAUACGUUAUUAGAGUUGGCAAUAAGAACAAACAUCUUUAUGGAAAGUUUGCGAUUAAAAGGCAAAAUGCCUAUGUUCUAAAUGAAAGUCAAGAAUUUGGUGUCAUCACUUUUGAUUUGUUAACUGCAGAAAAAUAUUUAUGGUGUAAUAAUAGACUUUUCAAUCAUACUAGCGACUUAUCAAUUUGUAGAGCAAAUGCUAUGGAAUCAGUUAUUCCAGGAUUUUUAUUGCCAAAUCAAAUUUGUAGAAUCGGAUUUGAAUGGAAAAGCUAUGAAUAUGAUGAAUAUGAAGUUUUAAAAAUUGGUGACAAAUGCGAGGUUUAG